GGUCCUGGUGUGCCCUGGAUUGAGAACACUGCCUGAGGGGCACAGCCCCUCCUCCAACCUAGAAGUUCCCUCCCCAGGGACAGACACAAGGGCAAGAGGCCAUCAGAGCCCAAGGCUAGGGCGUCUGGUGCUCUCGGCCAAGAGUCUUGGCUGGGAAAGAGGGAAUAGAGGUGGCAGAAGCAGGCACGGCCCAGCAAAGCCAUGGGUUCAUGUGUGACACACAGACAGCGGCCAGGCCUUCUGUGCCUUGAGCCUUGAGCUGAAAUUCACGCAGAGCAGACUGUUCUUUCCGCAACUUGCGGAGACAGAGGUCCUGAAGGACCUAGAACCACACCUCCCAAGGCGGCAGCUGGGGAAAGAGUCACGAGGCGAGGCGACAAGGACUACUUCUCCUUAACAUCAUGACUUUGUGGACAGGAAUUUAAAGCACAGUUGUAGAAAAUACAAGAAGCGCAAAGGAAAGACUAAGUCUGGGAGGCUGCUGCUGUUUCGGGUGCUCACUUGUGUCAAAUAGUAUUUUCCCUUUCCCUUCAUUUUUAGCUGCGGCAUGAUGUGAUGUGUCAGGUUUAACUAGUCCCCCCAGUUUUUCCGUAUUUUAAUUCGCAUGGGGCUGGGGGAGAUCCUGAAUCGGCUGUUGGCAGAUGCAUGAGCAGUGUAAACUUGCUGUGGCGGGUGGAGGGGUGUCUGAGUCGAGUAGAAGAGGCCCCAGAAAUCCACACCCAGAGGCAACCUUCCACGUCCUCUCCUGAUUCUGCUGAGUCUGGGGUGCAGUUCUGGUAGUGGGUUUGCACAACACUGACAGGUGCCAGAGCAGUUACAGGAGACCCUGAGCUGCUUUUUUCCUGGGUGGGAGGCAGCCUGACCAAUGGGCAGCAAGCCAAGAGACCCCUGAGUCAGGACAGGCCAGAGGGCAGUAAGUGUUUGUUUAGCUGAAGGUAUUUACAGAUGUGCUCUUCCAUCCUGGAGGAAUCUUGGAAAAUGGGAAAGGAUGCCAAAAGACAAGAGAAGUGUUCAGGCCUUCAAAAGACAAAGGAGAACCCCAAGAAUCACAGACGGUUUAAGCUGGGCCCCCAAGCCCUUCCAGCUUUGCAGGAGCCUGUGAAGCGGCUGGUGUUUAAGCAUUUAGGGGAGGACACAUGGCUCUCUGGGGUCCCCGAGGCCUUCGGGCACUGCCCCUGAGCCUGCUGUGGGGAUGGAGUAGCUACCCCUACAAGCCAGAGGGACAGGGAGUUGGAGCAGAGUCUGAUCUGGGUCUCUGUGCUCGGAUUUCCACGCCCAGCUCAGCUGGCACAUUUAAGAGCCUCAGCGCCCCUCCUCUGGGGCUUCCACGAGGAGCUGCACUGAGCACCUGGGCCCCCCAGGAGCCCUGGGGGAUUACCAGUGCAGAGAGCACUCUCUAGAGACCUGGAGACAGCACUAGUUCCGCCGGGUUACCAGGCCCUCUCCCGCAGCUCUGCCCCAAGGGGACUGGGCCUGCCACCCAGGCAGCUCAGUGUCCUCUGUUCAGUCAUGGCCCGAGGCCAAGUUCCGCAGCUGGGCCUCAGCUCCUCCUCUCUUCCUGCUCUCACUCUGCUCCUCCCCCUGCCGGAGAGGCCCAAGAAGCUGAUUGCAAGCAAAAUUCCUGGCCUAGUCCUGGGCAGAAAUGGCUGCAUGUGGCCAAGGGUUCAGCAGGGCCCUGCGUGCCUCUCCCCGCCCUGCUUGGAGACGAACUCACUCAGACACCACCCGGGGACACCUGAAGUCUGAGUACGACGCGGUGGUGAUAGGAGCAGGACACAACGGGCUGGUGGCUGCGGCGUACCUGCAGAGACUGGGGGUGAACACGGUGGUCUUCGAGAGACGCCACGUGAUCGGGGGCGCAGCUGUCACCGAGGAGAUAAUCCCAGGGUUUAAGUUCUCCCGAGCAUCCUACCUCCUCAGCCUGCUGCGGCCGCAGAUUUACACUGACCUGGAGCUGAAGAAACAUGGGCUGAGGCUUCAUCUCCGAAACCCCUACUCUUUCACCCCCAUGCUGGAAGAGGGCACAGGGGGCAAGGUGCCCAGGUCCCUUCUCCUGGGCACAGACAUGGCAGAAAACCAGAAGCAGAUCGCCCAGUUCUCACAGAAGGAUGCUCAGGCCUUUCCCAAAUACGAGGCGUUCAUGAAUCGCUUGGCAUUAGCCAUCGAGCCUCUGCUGGACGCAGCCCCCGUGGACAUGGAGGCCUUCCAGCGAGGCUCCCUGCUGCAAAGGCUCAAGUCACUCUCCACCUUCAAGCCCCUACUGCAGGCGGGCCGUACCCUGGGAGCCCAGCUGCCCCAGUAUUACCAGGUCCUCACAGCUCCAAGUGCCAAGGUGCUGGAUCAGUGGUUUGAGUCCGAGCCUCUAAAAGCCACUCUAGCAACGGAUGCUGUAAUUGGAGCCAUGACAAGUCCCCACAUUCCGGGGAGCGGGUAUGUGCUGCUGCAUCACGUGAUGGGGGGCCUGGAGGGGAUGCGGGGGGCCUGGGCCUACGUCGAGGGUGGCAUGGGUGCCCUCUCUGAAGCCAUUGCAAGCUCAGCCACCGCACAUGGAGCAAGCAUCUUCACUGAAAAGGUGAACAGCCCCCUACCCCGAUUUUUGCAAGGAUCUGAGAAUAGAACAAUCUCAGAUUCAGAGGGUCCCUCCCUUUCCCGAUGGGCAAGGCAGGGCUCAGAAUCAGGAUUUCGGGCUCUGCAGCCUGUUAGUGGCCCAGCAGCUCUGAACCAGGUCCCAGUUCUUCUGCCCGCCCCUUUGGAGGUGCAGCCUCUAUCCCAGCCUUUGCAUUGGAGGAGGGGGUGGCUAAGUCCUCACCUAGGAGCAGCAGAAAAUCGGCAGAGGGUGAGGAAGCUGGUCGUGCCUGUGAGCAGCACGAUGGCGAAAUCUCCCAAGACCCAGCCUGCAUGUCCCUUCCCCGGGUUCCCGGUGCUCCAGACGGUGGCUAGUGUGCAGGUGAGCAGUGGAGGGCGCAUUCAGGGAGUCGUGCUGCAAGAUGGCUCAGAGGUGAGGAGCAGAGUGGUGCUGUCCAACGCGUCACCGCAGAGCACCUUCCUGAAGCUGACGCCACAGGAGUGGCUUCCCGAGGAGUUCGUGCAGAGAAUCUCCCAGCUGGACACCCAGUCACCUGUUACCAAAAUCAACGUGGCUGUCAACAGGCUGCCCAACUUCCUGGCAGCCCCCAAUACUCCCAGGGGCCAGCCGCUGCCCCAUCACCAGUGCUCCACCCACCUCAACUGUGAGGACACCCUUCGUAUCCAUCAGGCCUUUGAAGAUGCCGUGGAUGGCCUGCCUUCCCACAGACCUAUAAUUGAGCUCUGCAUCCCUUCCUCGCUGGACCCCACCCUGGCUCCCCCCGGCUGCCACGUCAUCUCCCUCUUCACUCAGUACACGCCCUACACGCUGGCUGGAGGCAAAGCCUGGGAUGAGCUGGAGAGAAACACUUACGCAGAUAGAGUGUUUGAUUGUAUCGAGGCCUAUGCCCCCGGCUUCAAGGGCUCCGUGGUGGGCAGAGACAUCCUCACACCUCCAGAUUUGGAGAGAAUCUUUGAUCUUCCUGGGGGGAACAUAUUCCACUGCGCCAUGACCCUGGACCAGCUCUACUUUGCCCGCCCAGUGCCGCUGCACUCCAGCUACCGCUGCCCUCUCCCGGGGCUGUACCUCUGCGGGAGUGGGGCCCAUCCUGGAGGAGGUGUCAUGGGAGCCGCUGGACGCAAUGCAGCCCACGUGGUCUUCAGGGACCUCAGGAGCAUGUGACCCCGGACCAACCCAGGAAGAUGAAUUCACCCUUGAGAUGUUUAAGUCCCCAUGGGGUCAGCCUCCCAGGAUAUGGCCUGAGGCAGUCAGGUUCUCAGGGCUCAAGUCACUGUCGUAGAAGAAAUGUACACGUUACAUUUGGUCCUAGUUAACCUUGCACCCCUGGCUCCAUGAAUGACCUGGCUUUGUGGUAUUGAUAGCAGUGUUUUCUACAGAGAGUUUGCAGUUUUCUCUCUCUGUUAGUAGAGUAGGUAAUAUGGAAGAACUAUGUGGGAUAAACUUGUCUGGGAUGCUCAGUCAUCUCACAUCCUCAGCUCCAAACAGACCAUUUGACCAACCAGCAUCCUCUCCUCACUGCUGGGCCCGCUAGCAGCUGCCUGGGAGAGGCCCAAUCUACUGUGUCACUUUCCUGGCCAACUAUAAGAAAGGAUGCAGUCCCAGUGCCCCACAAAGUCACCCGCAGGGGCCUGAGCAGUGCUUGGCCUCUCCAGCUGUCAAAACUGCCAGAAUCAGGCAAAUAGGAGUCAGGAGUGAGCGCAGAGCAGGUGCAGGUUUGGGAUAUCUGGGUGCCCACAUUCCCGACUCUGGAGGUUCAACCUCUUACCUCCCAUGAGCCAGUCUGACCUGUUUCAUCACUAAAACCUUUUCUACAUAAACCUGUGUUAUUCUAAAGUGAGUUGGGUUGUCACACUCAGUCAGAAAGAGUUACACAAAUGUCCCUGUGCUAAUGCACCUCUCUCAGCCACCUUCCCUAUCCCAGCAGCCAAGGCCGUGGUCCAGAGGCCCCAUCAACAGAGGAGGCAGAAGGUUCCCUGAGACCUGGCCUCCCCCUUCUCCCCGGACAAAUUUAUGCAAAGGAACGCAUACCUGCCUUAUUACUUAACCUCAGUAAACUCAGAUUCCUCAUCUGUAGAGGAGUCAUUUUAAAGAUCAAAUAAGACAAUAAAGCAUGGUUUAGUCCA